UAUAGCGGGACUGCAGUGGGCAUUCUGACACUGGGGGGAACUGACUUGGGGUCACUGACAUCCCCAGUGACACCAAUACAUGGAUCAGUGCAAAAAAAAAACACUGACACUGUACUAAUGGCACUGAGGAGGAAGGGGUUACCUUUUGGAUACAAUGAAAGGGUUAACUGUGUGAGGGGAGUGUUUUACUAGGGGGAGGGGGUGUGUACCUCUCUGUUACACACUGUUCCGGAAGGCUGGGUCCAGCGAUCCCGGAACUGUGUGCUGAAAGAUGAAAGGGAGGAUAGCUCCAUUGAAAACAAU